GAUAAACCCUAGUUGCAACCCGUGGAGUAGGUUACUGACCGAACCACGUUAAAUCUCGUGUUCUUAUUUUCUGCUAUUUGUGUGUGUGUGUUUGUUCGCUUCCGCUUGACCGCCUCUGAUCUCUGAUUCCUAACAAGUGGUAUCAGAGCCUUGGUUCGGUUAAACACACGGUUACACAGGAUCAAUCGCAGGAAGAAGGCUGUUCAAGAUUGUUUUUGCUGCUGUUUUGCUGCCGCGGUUAAGGGGCUGGUUCGGAUCUAAUCAGAUGCUGGUUUGGAUCUGGGUUUGUUUUCUAUUGGAGGUUGCUUGGUUUCGGGCCGUUAUUCCUUGGUUUUUUCUCUGGUUUUUUCUCUCGUUUUGCAAUGGCCGAGGACGGGAGGGUUCGAAUCGAGAAGUUCAACGGUACUGAUUUUGCAUGGUGGAAAAUGCAAAUAGAGGCGUUGCUUGGUGAGUGCGAUUUGGACAUGGUACUGGAAGAGAAACCGGAUGGAAUGGAUAAGGCUGCUGAAGCAAUUUGGGACUCAAAGGACAAAGAGGCAAGAGGUAAAAUUACACUAGCUUUGACGAGGAGUGUGGCGUUUAAUAUCAUGAAGGAAACAACUGCUCGUGAUAUGUUAACAGCUCUGUCAAAUAUGUAUGAGAAACCGUCGGCCGGUAAUAGAGUGUUCUUGAUGAGGAAAUUGUUCAUGAUGAGAAUGAACGAGGGCAGCCCAGUUGCUGAUCACAUUAAUGAGGUCAAUUCGAUCUUGUCGAGUUGGUCGGGAUUUGUGACAACGGUUACUGAAACUGCUGGAACAGGAAACUUGAAGUUUGAUCGGAUACGGGAUAGUGUUUUGGGUGAAGACAUUCGUCGGAGGAACGCUAGUGGAGGAUCUACUUCUGGGUUACUCAGUGUUAGCAGGGGAAGAGGUAAUAACAGAAACAGUGGGAGUCGUGGGAAGAGCUCGUCUAAGGCUGGAAAGAAUGUGGUGUGCUGGGUCUGCAAAGAAGUUGGGCAUGUCAAGAGUCAAUGCCCAAACAGGAAAAACAAAAUUAGCGCAGUUGUUGGGAAUGCAUCUGAUGAUGAUAGUGAUGCAUUGAUACUCAGCAUGGAAAGCUAUGUUGACUCUUGGGUCAUGGAUUCUGGUGCUUCGUUUUACGCCAUGCACAGCAGUGAGGCGAUGGUGAAUCUCAAAAAGGGAGACUUUGGAAAGGUAAAGUUGGGUAACGGGAAAAUCCUUAAAGUGACAGGCAUGGGAGAUAUUGAUCUAAAAACUUCAUUUGGAACUACUUGGAGCUUACAAAAUGUCAGGGUGAUUCCAAGACUGAAGACAAAGUUGAUCUCAGUCGGACAAUUGGAUGAACAGGGAC